CUUUAAAAGUCUAAAAGAAAAACGGUAAAAUACCUCAAAUUAAACUAUUCCCAGUGUAAAAUGAAAAUGAAAAUACCUACAAUUAGCUAUACAGUAUGUAUGUACAUACCUAACUAAACUGACUAUAUUACUUAAUAAUAUCGCUGCUCAUAAGUGAUCGUUUAAGCGAUUAGUAAAAGUAAAAAAAACUAAUAAAUAAUCAAUCAAUAAAUACCAUCAUGCAGCUCUUGUUGCUAAUAUUUAUUCCCUUCGUGGUCAGUGAGGACACUGGUAUUGAUGAUUUUUCAGAAGAAGAUUUUAAGUGCUCCCUACCUGAUGUAACCAGUCCUAAUCAAAAAGUUGAUAUAAAUAGGAUUCGUGCGGACUUCUCUAAAAUAUCUGAGGUUAAAUUUCCUGGUUUGAUUGGUCCAUUAAAUGAAAGAUUAAUCUGCAAAAUUAAGUGCAUCGAUGGGAACUGGGUAGGACCGCUUUGCGCUAGUACUCCGGAUGGUAGAUUCCAACCAAUAUUAAGGCAGUGCUUAUACAAACACGAACAUCCACUAUUAGCAAUUUCAUUUAGAAAUUCUUCAAUUGAAGUAAGCUUCACUGCACUAACUCACAUUGUAGUUUAUUUUAACGUAGAUUAUAAUCGAAACUUCAUAUUAAAAUCUAUAUUCACCGACUAA